UAUUGAUUCCUACAAUAUUCAGUAUAGGUUUGUCAUUGUUAUUUAUCUGGGUAAACUCACUUAUUGAGUAUUGUCUACUGUGGUGAAGCCAUUCAUCCUUAUUUUAGUAAUCUAAAUCAGAAUAAAUUUUAUACCUAGUUGUGGGCAUCAUUUUGUUAGUACUUACAUUCGUUUAAGGCAUAUUUUUCUCUACUGAAUCACUUAUAUUUUGUUCACUAUUUGUUGUUCUUCUAGGCCUACAUUCAGUGCAUUCUCCUUCACCAGACCAUGACUCACAAGGACCUUCAUAUACAACUCCCUACAAUCAUAUGCAAUUUCCUACAAUCCACCAACCAGUCACAUCUUCACCCUACCAUGUUCAUUCUGGAUAUUACACACAACAAGCAGAAGACUGGUGCCCUAAUGGAAUUUAUGAGAUAAAACGGAUUCCCUCUGACAGCUUGUUUUCUAUAGAUACUGAAAUAGUGGAUUUGCCCCCGACUAAGAAGACCAGGGUUAGUCCUUAUGGCUGUAGGGUAAAAGGAGAUGAAUUGUGUGUUGUUUGUGGAGACAAGGCUUCUGGAUAUCAUUACAAUGCCCUAACCUGUGAAGGAUGCAAAGGAUUUUUCAGAAGAAGUAUUACUAAAAAUGCUGUUUACAAGUGUAAAAAUGGAGGCAACUGUGAAAUGGAUAUGUACAUGAGGAGAAAAUGCCAGGAAUGUCGCCUACGGAAAUGUAAAGAGAAGGGCAUGCUUGCUGAAUGUUUACUAACAGAGAUACAGUGCAAGUCAAAACGGCUACGAAAAAAUGUCAAGCUCCCUGAAAAAUCAUUUGGUGAAGAUAAUGACGGAAUUGAGAUAAAGCAAGUUACAUCUACCACAAAGACAAAUCGGGUCAAAGAAGAACUAACACAGGAUCAGAUCCAACUGCUUCAGUAUGUGAUGGAAGCAUAUAACAAGCAAAGACUGCCUCAGGACCUAGCUACAAAACUGAUAGAAGACCUUAACACUGAUGACAACUUUGUAUUCCUGACAACUAUGGCUACAAGCCAUGUUCAGAUCUUAGUAGAAUUUACUAAAAAGAUACCAGGUUUUCAAACAUUAGAUCAUGAAGAUCAGAUUGCUCUGCUAAAAGGCUCUGCAGUUGAAGCAAUGUUCCUUCGCUCAGCUGAGUUUUUUAAUAAGAAGCUCCUUGAUGGAUACACAGACAUCCUUGAAGAGAAAAUUCGAAAUAGUGGGAUAUCACAUGAUUACCUUAUUCCAAUGUUUAACUUUUAUAAAAGUCUUGGAGAACUGAAGAUGAUUGAGGAAGAAUAUGCUAUUUUGGCGGCAAUAGUCAUUCUUACACCAGAUCGACCAUACAUCAAAGACAAGGAAUCUGUGGAAAGACUUCAAGAAACGUUUCUGCAUAUUCUAGAAAAGCUGUGCAAGCAAUAUCACCCUGACCAUCCUCAACAGUUUGCUCGACUUUUGGGACGUCUCACUGAGUUAAGGACAUUUAGCCACCACCAUACAGACAUGGUGAUGUCAUGGAGAGUCAGAGAUCACAAAUUUACACCCCUUCUGUGUGAAAUCUGGGAUGUUCAAUAGUGAAGAUGCUUCUAUCCAAAAACUGCAAUUUCAUCUGGAUUUUUUAUGUCACACAUGCCAUCUAUAAACUAGACAUAAUUGUCAUUCUAAUGGGAUAUAAAUAUAUUUAAAUACAUAAGAGUAAUUCACAUUUAUGUUUGUAUUUGUAUAUAUACCGUAUUUAUCGGCGUAUAACACGCACUUUUUCCCCCUGAAAAUAGGGGGAAAAUGAUGUAUGCGUGUUAUACGCUGAUAUAAUGUUAAGAAGCCAUGUUUUUACA